AUGAUCAAAGAAUUAGUACCCUCUAUAAGAGUUGCCUUUGAAUCACGAGAGUUAAUAUUAAAUUGUUGUACUGAAUUCAUACACUUGAUAAGUUCUGAAGCAAAUGAAGUAUGUAAUCAAAAUAAUAAGAAGACGAUUAAUGCUGAACAUGUCCUCACAGCUCUGGACAGACUAGGUUUUAGUGACUAUACAGUGGAAGCAGAGGCAGUGUUGAAAGAUUGCAAAGCAGUGGCAGCAAAACGAAGGCGACAAAGUACUAGACUUGAAAAUCUAGGUAUACCAGAAGAAGAGCUUUUAAGACAACAACAAGAGCUUUUUGCAAAAGCUAGAGAAGAACAAGCUAAACAGGAACACCAACAAUGGUUAUUGCUUCAACAACAAGGCUUGGUUGGUGUUGAAGGGGCGCCUCAACCAUAUAUCCCACCACCUUCAGGGAAUAGGCAAGAUGACACAGAAGAUGAUGAUUAUUCA